ACUCCCCGCCCCUCCCAAUGAGCCGUACGUACUCUUUGUUCUCCAACAGCUCUACCACCACUCACCUUCAUCCCUCGUCCAGCCUUUCACUCAACUCCUCUCAUCCAAUGUAUAUCAUAUGUAACCACGACUGGACCUUUCUCGAGGGCGAAAAACGCCACAGCCACACUCUCAAGGCCGGCCGCCAUCUCUUCCCCUUCCAACUCCAGCUAGGUGGCUCCCUUCCCUCUAGCAUCUCCACCACUGCCUACGGUGGUGCUUCAGUCAUGUACAAACUUCGCGCAGUGGCAGUCCGCCCAGGACUAUCCCACAAUUUACAAACAGCCAUUCCCAUCUCUAUCAUGCGAUCCUUCGCUCCAGAGGCACUGGAAUACCAACAAACUCUCGAAAUCGAAAACACCUGGCCAGAAAAACUCAUGUAUUCCAUCAUGAUUCCCCACAAAGCUUGGGCAAUUGGCGACAAACUAACGUCGUGACCGCCAUCAACG